UCCGGCCGGCGCGGAUCGUCCCCGUUUUCUCCGUGGAAAAUCUCUGUUUCCAAUUUCGUCUCCGCGCUCGAACAUUUUGGUGACAGUGAGGAGGUGGCGUUGAUGAUCUGUUGGCGCGACGGUUCGGAGGAGGACACGGAUUUCCUUUUCUCUUUCGAGGGAAGUACAAGAGCGACAGAAGGAUGACCAGCCGGAGAUAGUAGACGCACUCUCUCCUUCGACGUCUCCCCGUAAGAGUCGACGUGAUCGUGUUGAUUUCUGUUCGUUGCGCGACGAAUUUCGGCGAAACGACGAGUGAACCAACGACGCCAAAAUGAUGCUGAUCAAGAGCUUCUUCCGGAGGAUCAUCAAGGACUUCCGGCAGAAAAAGCUCAUGCCGCUCAAACUCAUUUUCUUCGUUCAAACGUCCACGCUUUACAUACUUUAUCCGUACCUGACGAUCCACAUGCGCGAGUUGGGCAUCAGCGUCGAGGAAACGGCUAUCAUGAGUGCGAUCACACCGUUUGUCGCCAUUAUAAUGCCACCGGUUGCCGGACUAAUUGCCGAUCGGAUUGGCAAUUUCAAGAUCCUGCUUUCGUUAUUUUCGGCGUUGGGCGGUGCUGCGGCAUUGCUGCUGCUGCUGGUACCGGUAGGCCGAGCGAACAUGCAGUAUCCGGACAGUAUCGUGCUCGCAACGGAGGAUUGCGGUCCCGAUGCUCAUUUCAUUUACGGACUCUAUCAGAACCACCCUUGCGACACCAAAUUGGAGGCGAAAACGGAAUUGACGCUCAAGAGUUGCGGGUAUGCCUGUCCACUGGGUCCUCUAAAUGCCAGUUACGUCAAGGACAUCCUGUCGUCCCGCAGCUACAGGCUGAGCGUGCACAACGCGAAAACUCUAGCGAACGCCACCUACGACUACGCGAUCUCCGAGAGCGACAUGCCCGAAAAAGCGAAACUCGCUCCGGAUCUGAAGGAGACUCGUCGGCUCGAGAACGUCGAGUACUACGAAAUCGCGAUACGGCAAAUUGCCAGCGGCAGCCUGUUCUUUCCCGCGCAGAGGCCCCGGUUGUUCGGCCUCGAGUGCGGACUCGGCCGCAGCCGCGCCGCCUGCAGCCUCCGAGCCCGCGCGGACGAGGUGCCGCUCGAGCAGGCGCGACCAGUCAAGCUGAGAACGAGCCUGAAGACGAUCGAGCCGACGCACGCGGACGCGGCCGAGCAGCGCCGUCGCUACCUGGCCGCGGACGUCGAGUGCUCGCCCGACGACGACGACGAGCGGGCGGAAACCGCCGGCGUGCAGGUCCAGCUGACCGACGGGGCCGCGAGUCUCGAGGGGUGCAGCAGGAGCUGCCUGUUCACCGCGCCCAGGAAGGCAGUCUGCAACAACAUGAAGGUCGUGGUCGAGUACAACACCGUGCUGACCUUCUGGGCGUACCUCGCGAUCCGCGUGUUCAUAGGUAUGAUCAGCGGCACGGCCUUCGCGAUGUUCGAGGGCGCCGUCAUAGCCAUCCUGCGCGAGCAGAAGGCCGACUACGGCCUGCAGCGGAUCUACGGCAGCAUCGGCGGCAUGAUAUCCUCGCCGCUGUCCGGCAUGCUCAUCGACUACGCCAGCAGCGGCAAGGGAUACGCCGACUUCAGGCCGGCGUUCUACUUGUACGCCGCGUUGAAGAUCUUCUCCGGCCUGCUGAUGCUGAUGAUCAACCUGGAGUUCAAGGCGCCGGCGAGCAACGUGAUGAGCGACGUGGUCACGGUUCUGAAGAACGUCGAGGUCGUGGCCCUGCUGACCGCCUGCUUCGUGCUCGGUACGGCUUGGGGAUACAUCGAGUCGUUCCUCUUCUGGCUGCUGGAAGACUUGGGAGCGUCGAGGUCGCUCAUGGGGAUAACCAUCACGGUCGGCGGCAUCGCCGGUGUCCCAUUGCUGGUACUGUCGGGGCCGAUUAUCGACAAGAUCGGCCACGCCAACGUUAUCUUCAUUGGCUUCAUCUUUUACGCCAUCAGGCUGUUGGGAUACUCACUGAUUUACGACCCCUGGCUGUGUCUGAUCUUCGAGGCACUCGAAUCGGUAACGUCGUCGUUGAGUUUCACAGCAGCCGUAACCUACGCCGCUAAACUGUCCACGACGACGACGGACAGCUCGAUUCAAGGUCUCCUUGGUGGACUGUACUAUGGCGUUGGAAAGGGAUCGGGCAGCUUGAUCGGCGGCUACCUGAUGAAGGCGUUCGGCACGCGACCCACCUACCAAAUUUUCUCGGGCGCGACGCUCCUGACCGGACUGGUUUACCUGUGCUUCAACGUCUUCUACCUGUCGAAGCGACCGCAGGUCGAGGGCAACGACAUCGUGAAGAAGAAGCCAAAGGGCCCCAAGCAGAACGGCAGCCUGGCUCCGAGUAUCGAAGACAGCAAGCAGAAGAAGGAGAAGGAGAUCGAGAGCGUGCCGUACAUCGUCGACGACAUCGAAGCGGUGAACAACGCCAAGAACCUGGACAUCGUCGAGAGCGUCGCCGAGGAGGCGGCGCUGAGCGACGACUGCGAGAGAAGCCAGAGGCACGGCGGCUCGGUCAACCCGGCCUUCGAGGCCGAUGAGGAUGUACGGAGAGGCGAGAAGUGAGGCCUCGCGCGCGGCGAGGUUGUGCGGCACACUCUUACCGUAGGCGACUCUGUGAGCGAGACAGCUGUGUAUCGCGAUAUUCUCUCAUUAUUUUGUGAUCGAGGCAAGGCUUGUGCGUAAACGUGUACGCGCUGUACGCGAACCGUUGGUCACCAGUUGUUUGUGAUACGGACGCCGGCGAGCAGCUCGAGCAAUAAUCUAAGGCUUGUAUUUUUUUCAAUCACAUUUCUUUUUGUAGGCGAAUCCAGCGACGUCGGGAAUGAUUAUAUUCUUCGAGUGGAAAAAAUAAACGAAAACGCGAUUUUUCAUUCAGAGAAUUUUCAACGUAAGCGAUAGAUUUCUCGUUUUUUUUUUCUUUUUUUUUUUUUUUGUUGCUGGCGUCAUUGAUUUUCCUCGAAAAAUUGUCUAUACAGAGGAGCAAAUAUCGUAGAGAAGACCGUUUCGGUCUCGACGAUCCGCGCAUAAACUUGAAAGUUUAGGUGACGCUAAGUCUUUUUAAGUUGUAUAUCUUGCUAGCGAUAAGGUAAAAAUUGUUGACAGUUUAUAGUUGCGUACAUAUAUAGGAACCAAGUUGUUAUGCAGUUUUACGACAGCGUACAAAUUCAAAUAGCUAAAUGGACAAUGGCAAUGUGAGAACUGUGAUUUUUCUUAAAUAACGGAGAUCGGCGAUGUGCGUUGUCACGCGAUCGGUGCACGAGAAGCGAAAAAAAAGCAACACAAGCAACACAGUUCGUUCCUGAACUCACGUACAGACGGACGGAGAAAAUAAAGAGGUUCUUUUUUUUUUUACGUAUGUUAAUUUGUUUAUAAACGUCGAAGCAUCGAUCAUCGGCCAUGUUACGCGUGACAAGCGAGUAUUACUAUUGACGCAGAUGAUGUGUAUUUAUUGAUUCUAUCGUGCUCUGUGUUUGUCAAAUAAAAUGAAUUCGAUGACGAUUUCUUCUUUUCCGAGCGCGACGAG